AAUUCAAAUCGACAGAGUCGUUACUGAGACCGACAACGCUGUUCUAUUCAGAGCAUUCAGCAGAGAAGAGAGGUCCUACCUCGACAAGGAACAUUAUCAAAUAUUCUGAUUGCUCAGUGAUUUGUGAUUAGUAGACAACAGAGGAAAUAAUUGACAAUGGCUUUGAGAAAUCGGACGGCGUUAACGAACAUUGUAAACCAAGAGAACACCAAGAACGUUAAAUCAGCGACAAAUGUAGUCUCUGGUCAGACGCGGCGUGCCGCCCUCGGUGAGAUAGGUAACCGAGUUAAUACAAUUCGUGGUACGUCGAAUCUAGUGCUUAAGGCACAGAAGAAGCCGGUGGUAAAGCACGAGCCAGCAAUAAAAAGUGAUAAACCAGUUGAUAAGCCACCAGUGCAUGUCGUCAAGCCAGUACAGAAGAAAGAGAUUGAGCCACCCAUUGAGGUGAAACAACUUGAGCAGAAAUUAACAUUACACGACGAGCCGAAAACCAGAUUCGAUGCCUUCUCAGCUGAUCUUUUGCACAUCGAGGACAUUGAUGAGGCAGACAAGGGAAAUCCCAAUCUAGUCACUGCCUACAGCAACGAUAUUUAUAAGUAUUUGAUGGAACUCGAGAGAAAAUAUCCAAUACAAUCGGGAUAUCUGGUUGGGCAGGAGGUCACACCGAAAAUGCGAAGUGUUCUCAUUGAUUGGCUUGUCGAGGUUCAUCAGCAGUUUCACUUACUUCAGGAGACGCUGUACCUCACUGUUGCUGUUAUCGACAGAUUUUUGCAAUCAUUCAAAUCAAUCAACCGAAAACGACUCCAGUUGGUGGGGGUAGCUGCAAUGUUCAUAUCGUGUAAAUACGAGGAGAUGUUCGCACCAGACGUCGGUGACUUUGUAUACAUCACCGAUAAUGCCUACACAAAGACUGAAAUACUGCAGAUGGAAUUGCUGAUUGUUAAAACACUGGAUUAUUCCUUCGGACGACCACUGCCCCUGCACUUCUUGAGACGAUACAGCAAAGCUGGACGUGCCCUUCCAGUGCACCACACGAUGGCUAAGUACUUCUUGGAGCAGAGCCUGGUGCACUAUGAAAUGUGCCAUUACCCGCCGAGUCUCAUUGCAGCAGCUGCAAUAUAUCUUGCCUUCUUUGUCAUUGGUCAUGAUGACGAGAAUGCCAAAGAAAUAUGGACGAUCACCCUGGCGUACCACAGUAAAUACAAUAAGGAAGAUGUACUGCCGGUUGUUCGGGCAAUUGCCACACUAAUUGUGAAUGCUGAUACGAGCAAGUACCAGGCUGUGAGGAAGAAGUACGUCAAUAGCAAACAUAUGAAGAUCAGUGUACGUCCAGAGCUGAAAUCGCCCACUCUCCAGCUGCUGGCCAACUCCCAGUGAUCCUCGAGUAACGUUAAAUGUCUGUAACAUAGGAGUAGUUUGUUUUUUAACUGAAAAAAAGAUAGGACAUUUUAUCUAGGUUAUUGAGGUGGGGUAAAACUUUAUUCAAUGUCGAACGCUAGUGUCCAUUCACUGGAGACGAUUAUUCUCGAGGUCGGAGCUAUGAGAGACUGUUUGAUAAAUGAAUGAGAUCCUUUUUUUUUAUAUGAAUGACAUUUGACAAUUUGCUAGAGAAUGUUUUUCUGUUCAUUUGGAUGCUAUUUCUCACACGAUAGCCAUUUCUUAAGAAAUGAGAAUGAAAAGAAAAGUUUUUUGAUUCACCGAACUGUAGAAAGAUAUUUUCGACAGUCAAUUUUUUUUUAUUACUCUAAUUUUAAUGCUUCAGUAAAUCCGAGUAAAAGCAUCCAUUUUUUAGUGAUAUAUAUAUAUAUUAUAUUUUAGCCCCUAUUUCAGAAUACAUAUAACACUAUACACUGCCAGA